UUGCAGAUAUCGAACACUACAUUCAUAAUGUAUCAGUAGCAUAUCCUGGGCAAAUAAUUAGCGUGGAAACAAAAGAAGUUCUCAAUAAAAACGACACAUACACCGUAUUCCUCAGUAACCAUGAAACGGCCGCUACAAACAUAAGCAUAUAUAUUUCACUCAAAGAGGAGUACCAAAACAAGACUUGGGAAAAGGCAGAGAAUGAAUCCGGUAGUGAUGUUGUUAUUAUAAUUAUAAGCUCCAUCUCUGUGGUUGUAUUUUUCGUAAUAAUCGGCUGCAUUAUUUGGAUGCGAAAACGGAAAAAUUUAAAGCUAGGCGCAGAAGAAACUGUCAUCGGAACAAACACAACACCAGGAGAGAGCACUGGCCAAGAAAAUUCCACAGAAAAGGGGGACAGUAGGAAGGAUUACUUAACUGUGGUUCCUGCAGCACGUACAGACCCCACUGUUCAAAUGCAAAUAACUGGUCGUUCUGAGGUGAAUGAACAAUCAGAUCAUUACGACAAAAUCAAAGAAGAUGCUGAAAACAACGAUGGUUGCACAACAAUCGAAGAAAGUAUUGCCCAUGAGUACACGGGUUUAAGACAUCAGACGUCGGCGCCAAAUCCAUUGACGAGUCCCAUUGCAGACCAAUCAAACAAUGCCAACAUUUCAGGAUUUCCCGCAUUAAUAGAUUCUAUUGGAUUCAAACCAGAUUCACCGAAGAAUGUGAAGAAUGAAGAGGCCAUUUCCUCAAAAAAUACAGAUGUAGGCAUGUAUGUGGGAUCCGAUUAUCUGGGGUAA